GGGCACGGAGGCGCGCUCCCGGUGAUAACCACGUGACGCCUCCAUCCGGGUCUCCGGCUCGGACUCACUCUGCAUCAUGGCGGCUUCAGCUAAGAAGAAGAACAAGAAGGGGAAGACCCUGACUCUUACCGACUUCCUUGCGGAGGACAGUGGGAGCAACAACACUGCCAACUAUGCGCCCGUCAAGCCCACCAGCUGGGCCGACGAGACAGAUGACCUGGAGGGAGAUGUGUCCACCUCGUGGCACACCGAAGAAGACACGUACCGCGCGCCCGCGAUCGACCGCUCCAUCCUGCCCACAGCCCCGCGCGCAGCCCGCGAGCCCAACGUGGAUCGCUCCCGCCUCCCUCGCGGGCCCCCCUACACGGCCUUCCUGGGGAACCUGCCCUACGACGUCUCGGAGGAAUCAAUCAAGGAAUUCUUCAGGGGGCUCAACAUCAGCGCUGUGCGUCUGCCUCGUGAACCCAGCAACCCCGAGCGACUCAAAGGCUUUGGGUACGCAGAGUUCGAUGACGUGGACUCGAUACUGAGAGCACUGACCCUCAACGAGGAGAACCUGGGGAACCGAAGAAUUCGGGUGGACAUUGCAGACCAGUCACAAGAGAAAGAGCGAGAUGAUCGCUCGUCUGGCUGGGACCGUG